CUGCACCGCCGCGGAGGUUUCCCGGGCAACCGAGUAGCGACAACAAACGGAAACCUGGGACCAAGUUAAUAACAACACGACAAAAGACAACGAGGAUACCCGAACAAAUAAUGCAAAUAUGAGACAGUAGGUUUGGAUAAAAUGUAGAUAAUCGGCGCAUGUUUAUGUCGUAGCCAGCAAGAACAAGAACUCAAUUAAAAUGUUUCACUAAAACUUAGCUGUGAGAUGCUGGGAUGAAAGCGAAACUCCGUUAGUUGUCAAGCUGCGACCAUAUAAACGAUAGUAGUUCUCAGAAUAUUUCACUGCCAUGAGCGAGGUGUGGGUCCGAGUGGCGGUCCGUAUCCGUCCCCUUCUUCCGAAAGAAGUCCUACACAACCACCAGGUGUGCGUGCGGGUGGUGCCGGGCUCCACACAGGUUAUGCUCGGAUCAGACAGACUCUUCUCGUUUGAUCACGCGUUUGGACCUGCAGCCAGCCAGGAUGAGGUGUACGAGUCUUGCGUCCAGCCCCUGGUGGAGUCCCUGGUCGACGGCUACAAUGCCACCGUCUUCUGUUAUGGACAAACAGGGUCAGGGAAGACAUACACACUUGGAGGGGGGAACCAGGAUGAAGAGGGAGGACUUAUUGACCGUGUGGCCCAGGAUGUGUUCUCAUUGCUGGGGGAGAAGAAGAUGAGCAGUGAUGGUGUGGAAGCCUCAGUGCGGGUCUCGUAUAUGGAGCUGUACAGGGAAGAACUGCGAGACCUGCUGGAGCUGCACACCAUUCACAAAGAGCUUCAUAUCAGAGAGGACGAGAGGGGGAACACAGUCGUGGUGGGAGCCAAAGAGAUUGUUGUCACCUCAGCAGAGGAGCUACUAAGUGUUCUGGAGACAGGCAAUGCCCUGCGUCACACUGGCACCACAGGGAUGAACGAGCACUCCAGUCGCUCUCAUGCCAUCCUCACCCUUCAGCUCAUCCAGUGUUGCAACAACAACAACUCCUUAAAAUCCAUCCGCUCUUCCAAACUCUGUCUGGUUGACCUAGCAGGCUCCGAGCGUGCUGGAAAAACUGGAAACACUGGGACACGGCUCAAAGAAUCUGUUCAUAUCAACACAGGGCUGCUCGCACUGGGGAAUGUCAUCCGUGCCCUCUCUGACCCAAGCCGAAAUCGCCGUGGUAACAGCUGCAACAGCGCACACAUACCAUACCGUGAUGCCAAGAUCACCCGUCUUCUCCGUGACUCGUUGGGAGGCACCGCCCAUACGCUGAUGGUGGCUUGUGUGAGCCCCUCACACCACAGUGUAGCUGAGACUCUGAGUGUCCUGCAGUUUGCGUCCAAGGCUCGUCACAUUCGUAACCGUCCAGCAGCAAUAUCCACGCACACAGAGGUUAAAUCAUGUCCUACAACCUGGGAUCCUGGUGAGGCGCGAAUGGGCGAGUUGGAGUAUGAAGUACAGACGCUGAGAGAGAUGCUGAAGGAGAAGGAGAGAGAAAUGGCGAUGGGACUGGAGAGGAUGGGUGGAAGACCUGACGAGGGGGACAGCUUCAGUCAGUUGACAAUACCUGAUUCAGAGAAAAAGGUGAACCAAGAGCAAGCAUCGCACUACCGCCUCCUGGCUCAGGAAGCUGCAGCCCUGUUUGCAGAUAUCUCUGGCCCCACUCUCAGUCAUUCCAUCAAGAAACGACUGCAAGAUUGGCAGGAGAGAUUGACAGCUGUGAAUCACUCACAUCAAGCUGAUGGCAAGGCCUGUUCAGAGGGAGAAGACCAACCCCACCAUGUUACCAUAUUAAGGCUCAGAGAAGAACUCAACAAAUGCAAGGAAGCUCUCGCCAUAAAGGAACAGCUAUUGGAGCAGAAAGACACAAAGCUGAGACAGGUCCAAGAAGAAGCAGGGACACUUCGUCAAGAGAGCAAAAUGCAUCUUCAGGCCUUAGAGGAAGAAAAGGAACGGAAACGUAUACAGACUGAACAACUUGUGGACCAGCAAGUCCUCAUCAAUCGUCUUCGCAGCAACCUCAUGACCUUGAGGGGUGCAACAGUGGAUUCAGGGGCCUCUGGGGACUCAGGCAAGAGACCCCACAGUGUUCCUCUGAUCAGAAACAGCUGUGGGCACGGGCCUGCCAGGAGGAUUCACUCCAGCCCCCCAGCCUAUUCACUGGAGAGGGUAAUGGCAGCCUUUAAGAUGCGCGGUCAUCUCCUGCUGGCUGAGAUCGAGGAGAAGGAUGAGGUGUACUGUCCAUUCAUAAAGCAGAAGGCAGAAAGCGAAGACAGGGAUCAAGAGAAGGAGGAGGAGGAGGAUGUUUGUGUGGGCAGAAUGGCAUUUAGGCGUUCUUUGAACCGAACAUGGACCAGCCGGCUGAAGAAAUCAGCUUUGAAAGAGAAAAACUCUGGACUAGAACAAACAUCCAAUGGAAAUCCAAUAGUACACUCUGAGCAGGUCACAGAGGCCAAGGAAAACCACACCAAACCACCAAACCAAAGACUAAGAGCCAGUGUUACUCUGAGAAGGAUCCGAGAUCUGUCAGUCACCAUGCGCAUGAAAGAGGAGCUCAUCAAAGAGCUCAACAAAACUGACAAGGAGACCCAAGCGGUGGACAGAAGAGGUGGGCACAGUGUUGAUGGCAGAGAAGCUGGCGUGUUGGAAAGACUUUCUAAGCAGAGCCGGCAGGUCCAAGCAGAGAUGUACCGCAGCCUGCAGCACAUGAGGCAGCAGAGAGCACAGCUUCAGACCAGCCUCAGACAGCAGAGAGAGGAGAAAAGGGCAGAAGAUGUGACCUUGUGUAAGAGCAAUAACCAGGAAGAGUCACAGGAAAAGCUGAAUGACAGCAGUUGGCUGGAGUUAGAAGAGGAGCAGGUGCUCCAGAGGAGAGCAGAGCUGCAGGAGCUGGAGGAGGAGCUGAGGAGGAGAGAGGAGGUGCUCCUGCAUAGGGAGGCCUGUCUGCAACAGAAAAACAAACUGGAGGUCAAGAUGCUACGGUCCAGUCAGGCUCUGAGUCAGGACCUGCUGCGUGUGUCGGUUCGGUUGGAGUCUCUGGAGGAGCAGCUGCGGAGCACCAGCAGGGUGAGGCAGACUGGAGGAGUCACCAUAGAGGAACUGGAGGAAGAGAUAAACGCACUUAAAAAGAGGAGAGACGCUCUAGACGCCCAGCUGAAGGACAACAGAGUGCUCACUGUGGAGGAGGAGCAUUCCCUGGUGCAGCUGGAGGAAGCUAUUGAAGCUCUGGAUGCAGCUCUGGAGUUUAAAAACCGCUCCAUCCAGGACAAACAGAGGAAGUUGUUAAUCAAAGACUCCUCUUCACGUCAGUCGCAAAGCACUGACCCCUCGCAACUCUGCGAUGUCAUCAGGAAGCUGAAAGAGCUCUCAACACCCGAAGCAUUGGAGCUGCUUGUCAGAUAUUUCAAUAAGGUUGUUUGUCUUCGUGAGACAGAGCGCCAUUUACAUUUGCGCUGUGAAGAGCUGGAGCUUCAUGCUGGAGAGCAAGAGGGGGUGGUGAGGGAGCUAGAGGCUGCCAUGCAGCGCCUGGCCCUGGAUGCAGACCGGAGGCUCACCCAGCAGCACAGAGAUCACCAGAACAACAUCCAGCUACUGCUACUGCAACUUAAAGAGGGUAGAUCGGAUGAGGCACAGCAGGCUAUCCAAGACAGACUGCAGCAUCUGGAGAAAGAGCUGUUUUUCUACAAAAGCUCCAGUCGACAGCUUAAAAAGAAACUCAAAGAGUGUCUCAGUGACACCUUACACCCUGGAGAUCAUCCCUCACACACACAGAAGCACAGACAAGCACACAACGUGCAGAUACACGCGAGGGCAAACGAACCCCAGGCGCACACUGAAGAGGAACAGACGAGGACACGCAUUGUAACAACAUACACAAAGAUACACGCUGAGCAAACAGACAAAAAGACACACAGCGACUCUCAUAUGAAGAGACACGCACACCAGACCCCCUGUCCCUCCUCAUCCUCUGAACUCCAAACAAACAAAAAGACAGAACACAACCAGAUACACACACAGUCCCACAGGGGCAGUGACAGAGGGGCUGGACACUCUGCAGAGAGCUUGGAGAUGACACCAGUCCGUUUGUGUCGCAGAGAGCUGAGACAGGUCUCUCCAGCUGACCUGCAGGUCUGUGGUUCUGCCACAAGGAGGCGCCAGUCUGUUCUAGAUUCCAGUACAGAAUCAAUGAUAGAGGACUCCAUAGAAGUGACCAGAAACGCUAACAGAUGACGGUGCAUAAUUUGUCAUCUAUUCAGUGGCUCAUCCUACGAGUCAGUCGGCAGAGUGUAGUUGGGUGCUAGUGAAGGAGGAUACGUGACAUGAAUAACCGAUGACAGAAACCUCAAUCAAUAUGAACAAAACUUUGUUCUUCUCAUCUGAAGUAUCUUGUGGAGAUGUUUAUGUUUUGUUUGCUAAAAUACUUAAUUUAAGGACUUUGUGAGGCGUUGAGGUCAGUGAUACGUCCCCAUAAUGUCAUUAAAUUACUUCACAUAAUCAAAAUAGUGGUCAAUAUGCAUGUCCAUAUUCACGAUAUAGUAAAGAAGGAUGUGUGAUGAACAGCUUUUUGCUCUCAGUUCUCACCACUGUCCACUGCUCUUUUCCCAUACUGCUGUCGAUGUAAUACCACAGAACAGUGAAACCAUGAAAACUGAGAACUGCAGAGUUUAUGACCUGAGGAGAAGAAAGUGUCUUUCAGAAAGACUGAAAUGUGGUUAUUAUUGAAAUGUUACAAUGAGCUGGUUCAGUCUCUUUUUAUAGCACUGUCGUCCACAGUGGUCGCGGAUUUCCCAGAUUUUGGCUAUGCUGAAUGUUGUGGAGAUUUGACCUUUCAAUUAGAGAAGGAAUGGCAGUAUUUUUGCCUGUAUUUUCCAGAAAAUAGAGUAAACUUUUUAGAUUUUUAUCUCAGCUCUUGCCUCACCCCAAUACAACACUGAACAUUCCAUGUUUUCUUCCCCAAAAUCAUUUGGGAACCUUAAGAUUCCCAUGAUAUUCCUAGAUAAAGACAUAAAAUGAGUUUUAAGACCUUUAAAAUGUCAUAAGUCUUUCUGAUGUAAAUGCACUGUAUAUGAAAUUUGCAACUUGAUGCACAUUGUGUGAGAAUGGGGUGUUUAAUGUACAAAGCAGCACUUUGCUGAUACUAUUUCUGUUGUCAUACAUAGAUCACCAACACUAAAGCUAAUGAAGCUAAUGCUAAUUUCCUCCUUUUACAGACACUAUUAGUGUUAAGGAUGCAAUACUUUAAAGUAAAUAUGUCCAUCAAAGCUGUUAAAUGUAAUCAAAUAGUGUCUCAUGAAAAGAAAUCCUUUAGCUUUAAUUUUAAUCAGCACUUGUGUUUUCUGCAUAACAGUAAUAUAAAGGUUGUGUUUUUUUUUAUACACUGGAUUUUUCUUUUUAGAUGUACUAUUAGUUAUUUGUUGAUUGCUGUGUAAAUUAUUUUUAUAUGAGUGAUGAUUAUUACAGGAAAAUAAAUUUAAUAACUUCAUAUUAAUAUGCUUGUGUAUGCUUUGCCUUUAUUGUGUAGCUCAUUCCAGCCCAAAAUGCGCAUCCAAUUGUAUUGCUUAAUAACUCUAAAAGAAAAAAGUCCCUCUCCACUCAAAAACAUGUUUUUCUUGUUUUUCAACACUUAACAGUAUAGACUGACAUAUGUGCACCA